CAAAUGAAACAUCUUUAAAACAUUCACUUGCUGAAAACAAUAAUAUUAUGUGGAAGCAUAUCACAAGCACAUUUGAGACUGAAUACCAGGGAGUUUUGCAUUCUUUAUUUGUUUACACCUACAAGACUGAAUACCAGGGCAUGGCUAUCCAGACAUUCUACAGCCAGUUAACCUUCUUCCAUUCAGAAUGGUGUCAAAACGAAAAACCUUAUGUUCCUUACUUAACCAUUAUUCAAAACUCUGGUUCAGGUAAAAACAAGGCUCAUAGGAGAGUUAGUAACUUGGGAAUCUAUGUUCUCUAUAUAUGCAAACAUCAUAAGGAUAGUAGUGGAUAUCCUGCUGGGACACCUUUUGUUCACCGAAUGAAAGAAUAUGCAUGGGAUGUGAAAAAAUUCUGGGACAUACAGAUUAAAGCUGAGUAUGAGGACAAGUGCAUGAAAUUUUGGGAAGACAUUUUGAGCUUGUCGCAGCAAAAUAGUCUCUCUUUGAAUGUUAGCCAAGAAGAUUUUGUAACAAAGCUAUUUCCUGGAAAAGAGAUUUCAGCCAUUUGUUGUAUUGAUGAGGCACAUGAAUUGCUUUCAUUGGCAGAUGAACAGAGAGAUGUUGAGACUUAUUUUGUUCGAUGGUGA